GAAAACGGUAACAGCCUAGGAAGGGGAAUUGAGGAUCGUCACAACCAGCUGUCAGUCAACAAGUUUAAAGUAGGCUCGUGUUACUUGGAAACGCAGGAUUGGGUAUGCGCAAACUAGGCUGGCUACUGGAGACGUGUGAACCCGAAUAGAGAAGACGUGGUAUUAUAACCAUAGAGAAAAUGACACUCCAAGCAACAGUUUACCUAUGUUUUUUCUUAUUCUUUUGGGAUAAAACUAUUUGUUUUGGAACUUGCGCAUCAACUACAUAUUCCGGUAACGACACCUUCACCAUACAGCAUGUGAGCACAGGGAAGUGCCUGGUAGCUAUGUCCACGUCUGGGACUGGAGUUUCCGGGAUAGCAGGGGCUAAGUCUGGAGGGUCCGGGUUCAACGUGACUCUGGGGGAGUGUGGCGGUUCCAGGGGGUCCCAGUGGAAGUGGGGGUCCGGCCACCGUCUCUUCCACGUGGGCACGUCCCAGUGCUUGGGUCUGGAGGAGAAGACCAAGGCCCUGUCUCUGUUCAGCUGUAGCCCCAUGGAGAACACCAUGCUGUCGUGGCGCUGCCUGGACGGGGCCGUCUAUACGGUAGACCAGAUGGGCCUCACGGUGACCGACGGGCUGGUCAGUGCCAAGCGCGACUCCUCAGACGCCUGGAGGAGGGAUGAGUCGACCGAUAAUAUCUGCCAGCGGCCGAUGCGCAUUGUCCACACCACCAAUGGGACGUCGACCGGGGAGCCCUGUGAGUUUCCCUUCCGCUACAACGGCAGCUGGUACCACGAGUGCCUCCCCGACGACCAAUCAUCUGAACUAUACUGGUGUUCCACAACCUCUGACUAUGACGCUGACAAAAAGAUGGGAUAUUGUCUGAAACAUGAGGAAGGCUGCAAGGCCCUAUUCGAUGGCCCUGAGGGGGGACCCUGUUAUGAGUUUGUGUCCCAGGUCGCGGUGACAUGGCAGGAAGCGCUGGACUCUUGUCGCAGCCAGGGAGCUGACCUGCUCAGCGUCUCCAGCUCAGAGGACCAAGCCUUCCCCAUCUUGGACGUGGCCCAUAACAGCAGGCCAGACAGGAUGUGGAUCGGCCUACACCAGCUGGACACGUCUCAGGGCUGGCAGUGUGUGGCGGUUCCAGGGGCCCAGUGGAAAGUGGGGGUCGGCCACCGUCUCUUCCACUGUGGCACGUCCAUCUUGGGUCUGGAGGAGAAGGACCAAGUGCCCCUGUCCUUCUGUUCAGCUGUAGCCCAUGGAGAACACCAUGCUGUCGUGGCGCUGCCUGGACGGGGCCGUCUAUACGAGCCUUUGGUGUAUAAAUCCACCAUAUGUGACGAGGGCUGGGCCCCUUGGAACAUGUUCUGUUACAAGCUGGUGAUGGAUGACCCAAAGAUGUUUGCUCAGGCGGAGAAUUACUGUAAGACCAUCGGAGGAGGCCUGGUCAGUCUACACAGCCUGGACAGCAUGGAGAUGAUCAGCACUCAGUUCCAUGCAGGUACACCACACACUCAGAGAAACCAGUCACAAGAUGUGUUGGGCGUGUGGAUCGGUCUGAACGGGACGGGGAACCCAGCCAUCCUUAGCUGGGUUGAUGAGACACCUGUCUCCUUCACCUACUGGGACAGGAAUCAUCCUAUCCAACCCUCAGGACACUCUCACUGUGUCUACUACUUUGGAGAGUCUCAUGGCUGGAGGGUUGGGAGCUGUACCCAGGAGCUGCCUUUCAUGUGUCAGAAGAAAGGAGUGGUGAACGAGUCUUCUACGACAGGAUGCCCUCCUGAAGGGGACUGGAGGAGACAUGGGAACUCGUGCUACAAAGUGGACUCUAAAGAAGUGUCGUUCAGGGACAGGUGUGACCUCACCAUAAACAACAGGUUUGAGCAGGCCUUCAUCAAUAGACUCCUUGCGGAAGAGAUCAACGUAAAGAGCCAGUAUUUCUGGACUGGCCUCCAGGACAUAAAGACUACAGGGGAGUACCAGUGGGUCACUCAGGAUGGCUCGGGAACCAACGUUGCAUACACCAACUGGGGCGUGUUUGAACCAGCCCUAGCAGGGGGCUGUGCAGUGAUGUCCACAGCCAAUCCUCUGGGUAAAUGGGUGGUAAAGAACUGCACCAUGUUUAAAGCUGGCUCCAUCUGUAAGAGAGACAUCGCCGCUCCACAGCCCCUAGAGCCUGAGCCUGACCCUAACCUUCCCUGUCCUAAUGGAUGGACAUCCAGGCCUGGCAUUUCCUACUGCUACAAGGUGUUCCACGAGGAGAGGCUGAGUCGUAAGCGGUCCUGGGAGGAGGCAGAGAGGUUCUGUGAGGCCCUGGGGGCCCAUCUGCCCAGCUUCAACCACCCACAGGAGAUGAGAGCCCUGCACUAUGUUAUGAGAGACUCCAUCAGUGAUGACCGGUUCUUCUGGGUGGGGCUGAACAGGAGAAACCCAGCUGCUGGUUCCUGGGAGUGGAGCGACAACAGGCCUGUGUCCAUGGCCAUUUUCCCCCAAGAGUUCCAUGAGGAUGAUGAGUACAACCGGGCCUGCACAGCCUUUAAGACACUGAAAGGAACCUUUAAGAGUUUAUUUGUCUUCCUGAUGCAUGAAUUCCCUCCUCUGCCGUUCUACGCCACMCCAUUCCACUGUGACGCCAGGCUGGAGUGGGUCUGCCAGAUCCCCCGCGGAAAAACUCCCGAGAACCCAGAGUGGUACAAUCCUGGUGGGCACCAUGAGACAUCCAUAUUCAUUGACGGUAACGAGUUCUGGUUUGUGACGGAACCAAAGCUGCCAUACGAGGAGGCUAGUUUGUACUGCAACAGCAACGGCAGCAGGCUGGCAGCACCACAGAGCUCCAACGCAGCCAGGCAGAUCCAUAAUAAUCUGCCACAGAUGCCAGCAGGGAAGCAGAGCUGGUGGGUGGAUGUAAGAGACACUGGACACUACUUCCCCAUGAGGUUAUCCCAUAUGCAAAACUACCGUGCUACGUUCCUGGGCAGGUGUACAACCAUCAGUGACAAGAACAUCUUCCCAGAGUACGAGUACAGCUGUGAGCUGCAGCUGCCAUUCGUGUGUGAGAGACACAAUAUCACGGCUAUAGAGACCCACCCUGGAGAGCCUCACCCCAAAGGUCUGCCCUGUGAGAGCGGCUAUUUACACUUCAGGGACAAGUGCUACGUGGUGAUCAUGCCUCUGUACGUUACUUUUCAACACGCCAACGAGCAGUGUCAGUCGAUGAGAGGAACUUUACUUACUAUUACAGACCAAGUUGAACAGGACUUUGUGACCUCCCUGUUGCCGGCGCAGCCCCGUAAGACGUGGAUUGGCCUGAAGCUCAAACAGCAGGUCCCAGAGUGGGUGGAUGACUCCCCAGUCUCCUACCUCAACUUUAACCCCCUGCUCCACGGCCUACUCAGGCCCAUACUCGUCAACCUUCAUGACCCAGAGAGCAUGGAGCUGUGUAUCUUCAUGUUCAACGACCCCAGCUCUUCUAUGAUGGGCUCCUGGGACUACACCUCCUGCUCUGACCAGCGGCAUGUGGCCAUCUGCCAGCACUACGCAGACAAGCCAGAGGAGCCCCAGUUCCAGUUGGAGCCAUUCCAGGUCAACAACCACACCUUUAAGCUGCUUCAGAAGAACAUGACGUGGGACGAGGCUCAGGCGGAGUGCAGGAACCAGAACAUGGACCUGGCCAGCGUAGCCGACACCCUGCAGCAGUCGGUCCUCACCGUGCACGUCACCCGCGCACGCAGCCCCAUGUGGAUCGGCCUCAUCAGCUCCGACGUUGGUGUCCACUACCACUGGACAGACCACAGUCACACGGUGUUUAGUCGGUGGUCCUCAGAGCCCACCGUUGGAGACUGUGUCUUCCUGGACACGGACGGCUUCUGGAAGGCUGCAGAGUGUAUGGAACAGUUGGCAGGGGCUAUCUGCCAUGUUCCACACGAAGAGAAUGUCACCACCCAUGAGGACAACGCUGUGAGCUGUCCUCACAAGAGCAGCGGACCAAACUGGAUCCCCUUCAAGAACAACUGCUACACCUUCCAACUGGCAUCGUCCAGAUGGGAAGAGUUUGACAAGGGCCAGAUACUUCAGACGUGCAAGAAACUGGAUGCUGAUGCAGACAUCCUGACCAUCAGGAACUUAGUGGAGAAUGAGUUUGUGAAGGAGCAGCUCCUUCCCUUCAAAGACCUGGUGCAGUUUGUCUGGCUAGGGGUGUUCARCGAUGACAACGAUAACCAGAUGAAGUGGUAUGACGGUACCAACGUCCAGUACUCUAACUGGGUCGAUGGAAGACCAAGCUUCUCAGCCAGCGAUGAGUUCAUGGCAGGUCUCAACACUGAGGGAGUCUGGAAGAUAUUCACCAACAAACACCACUUCAGUCCCUUCAAGCAGAGAAGCAUCGUGGCCUGCAAACUGGAUAAAGACUCUAAGGACCAAUACAAUCAGUCGGCCAGGGACUUUGAGCGCUAUGGCAACCUGAGCUACCACGUGAUAACCAGGAAGUUGAGCUGGUUCCAGGCCCUGGAGGAGUGUGGCCGUGGCAACGGACACCUGGCCAGCGUGCAUGGCAACAGUCACAACGCUCACAUAGAGCUUAUCGCCAAGCGAGACGGCUUCCCGCUGUGGAUCGGUCUGUCCAGUCAGGAUGCUAGCGGCUCUCAGUCUUAUGAGUGGUCCGAUGGGACUAAGUAUCACUACAGUYWGGCGGGACUCUCUGACACUGUUGUCACGUCCAGCUCAGACCCUCAAGGUGUCUGUGUGUACAUCACUCCCCAUGGCACCUGGAUGAGAAUGGACUGCAAUGCCAAGCUGGAUGGAGCCAUCUGCUACAACACAACCGUCACCACCCCCACUCAGAGAUCGAACCUCGCAGCUCCCCAGGUKRCCAACAACUGCCCUCAGAACAGCGGCUCGUCUAAGUGGGUUGAGCACCAGGACCACUGUUAUGCUUUUGACAUGACCUUCUAUAACUACUCUGUGUACAGCAUGGAGGAUGCCAAGAGCAUCUGUGAAAGGCUUGAUGCACAGCUGCUGACCAUAAUGACCAAAGAGGAGAAUGACUUUGUCUCUGGCUACAUGGCAGACAACCCUCUCAUCACCAGUAGGGUGUGGCUCGGCAUGGACCUGGACAAACAAGGUCAGCCAGUGGGCUGGGUGGACGGCUCCUCUCUGGCCUUCUCUAACUGGGAGACCAACGGUUCUGCUAGCGGGGUGAAGACAGCGACCCAGCAGAACCCCUGUGCUGUCAUGGUGUCUGCAGACGGAGGCAUCUGGAGCAGAGUCAGCUGCAAGGACAGCCACAGCCGCAUCGUCUGCAAAGUACCCGCACGGUCAGGUAACGUCCCGGUGGCUCUGGUCUUCUUCCUGGUCGUCCUCACCUCCCUGCUGGCGGCCAUCGGCUUCGUCGUUUAUAAGAAGAGCAAGGCCAGAUUCAACUCCACCGUGCGCUACAGGAGAACCAUUGAUGAUGCUGACAGCACUAGUAUUUUGGAUGCAGAGUGAGACUUGUCUUGGCUUCACCAAUGCAGCUUAAAGAAGCAGUUAUGUGCCUACAGUAUUCAGUAUGGAAAUAUUAUUAUGCAGCAAACUGAAACCUGGCUUCUGUUUCAUUUAAUUUAUUUGUAUAAAUUCCCAAGCAGGCUUUUUUAGUAUUUUCUGUGACAUUGUAAAUAUUGGCAAAAGGAUUGUGAAAAUCCCCAAACUAGCAUUUGUUUUGUUUUUUACUUAAUGUUUUAUUGAACUUUGUGAUUUUAAAGAGCUGCCACAUUGAACAGUUGCUGCAGUGUUGAUGGACUUUGGGUUGACAAAAAAGGCACUGGAUGCGUGAUGCUUGUUGUCAGGGUAUUUUUUCGUCUCGUAACACUGUUUUUCUCUGUUUUCACUCUUUGUUUGUGAUUCUUUUGUAAUGGAGGAAUACGUACUUUUCACUGAUGGUCAUCGACGAAAGAAGAAACAGCUGCAUCAUGGCACUGUUAUUAAUAGAACUAGAAUCUUUAUUAGCUUGGCAUAGAUUCAUAAUUUCUUACAAUUAUUUCGAGUCUAGUACAAGUAGUCGAGCUAAUGCAGUCCAACACAGACUUCCUUAGACAAUUUGGAUAGUUGCAUGCGUUCCCAUUUGCCACAUGGCCAUUUCAACUACAAGCAAUUCAUCCCAACUGUAAAUGCCAUUGAUGCAUUGGUUUCUGUUUGUCAUUAUGACUGUAACCUCCCUCUCCUAUGCACUCAAACUCCUGAGAACAUUUGCACUUUAAAUUGAAAUGUUUUGUGAAUAAUGCCUUAGCAGUUGUUUCUGCCAUGUUCAAUCACUAUAGUUGUCUUGUUUGAGAGUACACGUUUUUGGGGUGUUCAUUUGGGGUUCACGUUUUCAAAGGUCGCUACUUGCUGAGGCCUCAAACUGCACACACAGCUGCUGUAAAUGCUUUGUAAAUAUUUAAAUUGUCUUUUUUUAAAUUUUAUUAUGGAGAAUCUAAACCAAAUGUUUUUUUGAAUCUUGAGAAUGUUAAUAACCUGGACAUUCCUCCAGAUGUGAUUUGGAUCUGCCUUGCAACAAUGCUUGUUAACUAGGAUUACCAUUCUCAAAAUGUUCCAACAGUAUCUUCAUAUUUACAUUGGUCCCAAGCAGACCAUCCACUCUGGUCAAAUAUGGUCAUGGAAAUGGUCUUCCAAUAAAAUAGGUUUGUCUUUAA